AUGGCCGCCGCUACGCUCUGGCUCACACGCAUGAGCGCCGCCGAUAAGAUCGGCCAAAUGACGCAGUUGGAUAUCUCCAUGGUGCUCGCAGACGGCUGUCCGCUGCGCAUCGACGACGCGAAGCUGCGCAGGCAGCUUCGCGUCCACCGGCUGGGGUCGCUGCUCAACUCUCCCUUCUCCGGCACCGAUCCGCGAUGCGGGUCGUCGGGCUGGAACGCCUCGGAGUGGCGCGCCUCUGUCGAGCACGUCCAGGCGGCCGCCGCCGACGAGGGUCUGCCUCCUCUCAUCUACGGCAUCGACUCGGUCCACGGCGCGUCGUACUGCCGCGGCGCAACCCUGCUGCCGCAGCAGCUCGGCCUCGCCGCGUCCUUCGACGAGUCGCUCGCCGCCGCCUCCGGCUGGCUCACCGGCAAGGACAGCCGCGCCGCGGCGACGCCGUGGAUGUUUGCCCCCAUCCUCGGCGUCGCGACGCACCCGCUCUGGCCGCGCGUGUACGAGACGUUUGGCGAGGACCCGCUGCUGGUCGCGAGGAUGGGCGCGGCGGUGGUGGAGGGGAUGCAGCGGCGCGGCGGCGAGGGCGAGAUCCCGGCGCGUGCGGCGGCGUGCAUGAAGCACUUUGUGGGCUACUCGGCGCCGCGGAACGGGCACGACCGCGAGGGCGCGUGGCUGUCUCGGCGCGAGCUGGAGCAGACCUACCUGCCGCCCUUCCAGGCCGCGGUGGACGCCGGCGUACAGAGCGCGAUGGAGAGCUACCAGGAGGUGAACGGCGAGCCCGUGGUUGGCUCGGCGGCGCUGCUGCAGGGGCUGCUGCGCGAGCGGUUGGGCUUCGAAGGGCUGCUGGUGACGGACUGGCACGAGGUCGGUAACCUGCACGACUUCCACCGCGUGGCGCGCUCGCCGGAGGAGGCGGUGCUUCUCGCCAUCGGCGGCUCGAGCUCGCUCGACAUGUCGAUGGUGCCCACCGACGAGUCCUUCUCCGUGCUGAUGGAGCGGCUGCACGCGAGCGGAGCAAUCGACGAGGCGCGAGAGUGGCUCGGCCUGCUCCCGCCGCCCCCCGCCGUCCGCCCCGCCCCGUGGUCGCACAGCGAGGCGACGGUGCGGCUCGUCGAGAGCGUGGGCAGCGCCUCGGACGCCGCACUUGCCCACGAGGCUGCGCGCGCCACCGUCACGCUGCUCAAGAAUGCGCCGCCGUGUGCUGGGCCCCCGCAGCAGCAGCCGCUGCCGCCACUCUCGCCAGAGCCGGCGCCGCCACCGUCGAGCCCCGGUGGCUCCAACGGCACAGGCGAGGCCGAAGGCGGCGCGGCGGUCGGUGUGGAGGAGUGCGACGCGUACCUCGGCGAGGGGGGGGGCGGGUGCGGCUGGACGGAGCGGUGGCGGCGCGCGGAUGGCCGCAUGAGCUCGCGCGGCGUCAGGGCUGCGCGCGGAUGGCCGCAUGAGUUCGCGCGGCGUCAGGGCUGCGCGCGGAUGGCCGCAUGGCGCACCUCGCGCGGCGUCGGCGGCGAUGGCACCGACGACGACGAGAGGCUGCCGCUCCCCCCCUCCGCCCCGCUCAGCCCCGCUGCCGACUCGCUGGGCCGCCUCUCUGGCGGCUGGACGGCGCACUGGCAAGGAACGCUCGCCGACGACGAGAUCCGGGGCAGCCGGCCGGGCGCGGCCACGCCGACGCUGCUCGAGGCUCUGCGCGCUGUCGACGGCUGGGAGGUGGACCACCUCCCCGGCUGCUCGCUCCCCGGCACCGCCUUUGCCGUUCGGUCGUCGUGCGCGCAGACCAACUCGUCGGCCGAGCUAAUCGCUGCUGCGGCGGCCGCCGACGUCGUGGUCGCUUGCUUGGGCGAGGACCCGCACACAGAGAAGCCAGGCGACCUGGACGACCUCUCGCUCGACGCCGGUCAGAUCGACCUCGUGCGCGUCCUCGCCUCCGCCGGCAAACCCAUCGCGCUCGUGCUGGUCACCGGCCGGCCGCGCCUCUUGCACGGCGUCGAGGCGCUGCCGCAGGUCAACGCGGUCCUCCAGUCCUUCCUGCCGGGCCCGCACGGCGGCGCCGCGCUCGCCGACGCGCUGGUUGGCCGCUUCGAGCCGUCAGGCCGGCUUCCAAUCUCGUGGCCAACCGCCGCCUCCUCUCUCCUCUACCCGCACUGGCACCCCACCCCACGCAGCGGCCUCUCCUACUCGCGGCUGCAGUACGGCCCCCUCCUCCUCUCCUCGGGCGCCCUCCCGCGAACCGGCGCGGUCAACGCGUCGGUGGCUGUCUCGAACCCUUCCUCACUCGCGCUCAACCACACGGUGCUUCUCUUUGCCGCCGCCGACUUCCGGCGGGUCGUGCCGGAGGCGCAGCAGCUCAAGGCUUUCCGCCGCGUGCUGCUGCCGGCAGGCUCGAGCGUCGAGGUCUCCUUCACGCUGCGCGCGGACGACUUUCGGUACUGGGGCCUCGAGGAGCGGUGGGUGGUCGAGAGCGGAGACGUCUCGCUUUGGUGCGACCCGCUGCUACGACCAAAGGGGCCUCUGGCCGCCCUCGGCGCGGUGACCCGGCGGCGCGCGUCCGAGGGCGGCGGGAUGGCGGCGGCGCGUGCUCGACUAUACGUCGAGGGCGACUGCCGCGGGGCGGGCUGCGGGGCGGAGGGGUGGUGGGAGCGCGACGCGUCGGGCGAGAGGUAUGAGAUCGGCAAGUACAUCGCUCACGUGCCCGGCCCUUCCCCCGCGGGCGUGAUCGCGACCACUUUCCUCGCGGGCUGGCUGGUGGGUCUGAUUUGCGCCGGCGGCGCGUGGCGUCGAGGCCAGGCGAGCGGACGCGGCCUCGGCGAGGUGGGUAAGGGCGUUGGCGGCAGCUCCAGCUCCUUGGUGAACACCUCCUGGUCGACGACGCUCACGCAGCGAGGCGGGGAGUUUGGGAGCCAGGCUUGCAUGCUGGGGGCGGGCUUCAAGCAGAGCCACAGCAUCGGCAGCUCGAUGGGCAGCGCGAUGGACGCGGCGUUCCGCCGGACGUGUUCGAGCGGCAUCGCACUAGGCGCGUUGGCGCAGUCGGGCAGCGGCGCCUCGCUGUCAAGCGUUGCCGAAUACGGGCGCCCAGCCUCUAUUUCGGGUCUCCGCACCGAGUCCAAUCUCAACAAUCGCGGCGACGAUCAUGAGGCCGAGUUGCAUUGUCCGCCCGAACUCCGAAUAGACGAAGACAAGUGUUUGUGA